AUGGCGGCCUACGUAACCUCUGACUCUCUUCCGUACGCCAAUCUCUUUGUGCUCGUGCUCCUGCCACUGCUUGUGACGUAUGCAGCUACCGCCAUCGGCAAUUGGGGGUAUCGCAAUGGAGACGCCUCGAGGGAGCCACCCAGGGUCCCGUACUGGAUACCGGUGAUCGGCAACACCUUUGGGUUCGCGUACAACACGGAGAAGUUCCUCGCGUCAGUGAUAUCGAGAUUCGAGAAGGUGCCUCUGCGAAUUUUCGUGGGCGCCGAGCAAAUGUAUUACAUCCCCCAGGGCAAGCCCAUUCUGGAGCUGUUCAAAGCAUCUCGCCAUCUCACGACGCAUUCACUUAAUGUGAUGACUUUGCGGGAUGCAUUUGGCGUUCCAAUUCCAGAUGUCAAGCUCUAUAUUGGCGACAAGUCCGGCAUUACCGCGAAACCAGCGGCUGGAUUUGAGGGUGGCGACCCAGCCCACAGAUUUCACUUCAUCGAGCAUCGGGAUCUGCAGACUCUUCUCUCUGGAAGUUCAUUAAAUGUCAUGACAAACAAUUUUAUCAGGCUAUAUAAAAAGAUAAUUGAGACCGACGCUCGGUUCGCAAAAGGCGAUUGGGUCGAGAUCGAUAACUUGUACACUUGGAUGAGAGACGACAUUGCCCAUGCCGCGCUGGAAUCGUUCUGCGGCGAAAAGUUCCUUGAGCUGUCGCCAACAUUCAUGGAAGACUUCUGGGCGUUUGAUCAUGUCCUUCCCAAUUUGUUUAAGAGACUUCCCAGGUGGCUUAUUCCGAGCUGCUAUGAAGCAAGAGACAAGGCAUUUGCAAGCGUUCUGAGAUUCCACAACUACACGAGGGAGAAUCUUUCGAUGACGGACGAGGAGACUCUGGCAAAGGAAUGGACGCCCGAGUUCGGAUCAAAGCUUAUUACUGCGAGGCAGAAGCUGCUUCAGACGACCGGGUUCUCGCCGGAAGGUGCGGCAGCUCUUGAUCUGGGAUUGAUCUGGGCGCUGAACGCAAACGCGAUCCCGGCUGCUCUCUGGAUGCUACUCAAUAUCUUGGUUGACCCUGAUCUGAAAGACCGCGUAAUAACUGAGAUGAGCCCUGCAUUCGAGGAAGGAUCGCUGUCCCUUGAUCUUGAGAAGCUCUGCUCCGGACCACUGCUAAACUCGAUAUACUGCGAGACCCUCCGCCUCCGAGUGGCAGCACCGGUGGGCCGAACAUCGACUAUUCCGGACCUCAAGUUUGGCAGGUGGAAACUCAAGGAAGACGUGUGCAUGCUGUCCACAUCAUGGUACGGAGGUCGCGAUCCGGACUUUUGGAAUACUGGACGUACGUUGCCUGACGGAUCAGUCGAACAUCCUGUUGAUACAUUCUGGGCCGAGAGAUUCCUUCGAUAUCCAGACGACCCGGCAAGCGGCCCUGUUCGCAAGCAAGGCGCGAGCGCCACGGCAUCUAGAGACUCCGGGAAGCGGACGGCGGAUGAUGAUCGUAAGGCGCGGGCUGUGACGGACGGCACUCAGGGGUAUUGGUAUCCGUAUGGUGGUGGCCUCAACAUGUGCCCUGGCCGCCAUUUCGCCAAGCAAGAACUGAUGGUUUCGGUUGCACUCGUCCUUCGUGCGUAUGACUUUGACAUUGUCGAUCUCCAGUCGGCCGCUAAGGUGAAGCCAAAUAUGGAGUAUUUCCCCUUCGGAACAAUACCGCCCAAAGGCAAGAUUGCGACCAGAAUAAGGCGACGCAAGCUGUAA